GUGUCGAUGUUUGUAAAUGCUAUUGCAGCUGCUGAAGAUGUCCUUAUCACUGCCGACCUCUGCAUGUUCUUCCAAAAUUUUCACACCAGUUUCCAGAGGCCUGAUACUGUGCCAGAUAAGCUGAUUCCUUUUACCAUCAGUAAUGGUCUGCUCACCAGCAUUUGUGCAGUUAUAUCCUUCAUUUCUAUUUCAGUAUGGCCUGAUACUUUCAUCUACUUUGUGUUCUAUGUCUGUCUGGGCCGUCUUUGCCAGCCUGAGUGCUACUCCUUGCUGGUAAUCCUUAAUGCAUGUAGGGGUCUCCACAGUCAUUAUUUGCUGAUUUCGCUACAGGGAAUCGAGCACCUUGCUCAUGUGCAAUUUGCGGAUCAUAACAACAUUUCGAUCAAGUUUGAUGCUUUGCGGCAGUUCGCUCAAAAUGAGGUCGGUUUCUCUCUCAGGAGCUCGUUCUGGUAUCGUGCAGGAGAUUGA